AUGUCUGAUAAUGAAUCACCCAAGACAGAGGUGACUAACCGACCUGAGGCAAAGGAAAAUGAAGUAAACAACAAUUUAUCGCCUAAGAUUUCAAAUACACCACCAUUACCUCAAGAAGACGACUCCAAAAAGGUUCCUACAAAACCAGUUUAUAAUAAGGCUGAAAGAACUAACAACUACAACAACCGUUAUAAUAACAAUAAUAACUAUAACAAUAAACGAAAUUCGUAUAAUGGUAAUUCUUCUGGCUACAAUAAUAACCGUUCAUCUCAACAGAAAGGAAACAGAUAUAUAAAUGCUAAUGGGCCAUACUAUAAUAAUGGUGUAAACGGUUAUAAUAGAAACCCAAUGAAUUAUGAUCAUCAAAAUGUACCAGUUUCUUCUAAUAAUAUGGGCUGGAAUAAUUAUUAUAUGCAACCAAUGUACUAUGUUCCACAACAAAUGUCCAUGAUGAACGGUGCCAUGUACAUGGAUCCUAAUCAAUAUGUUCCUCAAAGCCAAAACUCAAAUCCUAGAGAAUCAAUGAAUAAAGAUACCUCUCCAUCUAAUGACGGCUCCCCAGAUACCAUGAAAAUAGAAACAGAAAAUGUGGAAAAGCCACGUACAAAGAUUGAAAUCACUACAAAGACAGGUGAAUUACUAAAUCUGAAAAAGAUCCACGAAGGAAACUCCCACCAAGAUGAGAAUGAUGAUAAUAAUAAUACUCCUACUCCUACUCCUACUCCUACUACUACUAAUAAUCAUAAGGAUGCUGUAAAUUCAAAAGAUGACACUCAUACUGUCGCUGAGAACAAAGAAGGGAAUCCUGAUGUAACCAGCCAAAAAGAAACCGUUAGAGACAAAGAGACCGAAGCUGAGAAGAAUAAGAAAAUGUUCUUGGAACAAGUCAGACUACGUAAACUUGCCUUGGAUGCCAAAAACAAAGUACCAAAUACUACUGCAGCCCAAAAAGAAGUCGAAACUGUUCUAAAGACAGAGAUUAAAGAGGCAAUUAAGUCGAACGAUGAAAUCGAAAAUGCCGUCGAAAAAGAUGAAAAAUCUCUAGCGGAAGAAGAGGAAGAAAACAAUUUUGAAAUAUCCAGAGAAACCCAGAAAGAACAAUUGCGUACAACUGAUAAACAUGUUCAAAUUGAAACCCCUUCACCUGGAUCAGAUGUUGAGCAGAACGAAGAAGUAGAGGAAAACACCAAAAAGAAUGAAAUCGUAGGAACUAAAGAAAGUAUAAAUAUUUCUGAAUUAAACAACGAGAGUGUACAUCCUGAUGUCGAUGAUGAUAUCGAAAAAUUGAGUAUCUCCCAAAUGUUACAAAGAUUAAAAGAAAUCCCUGCGAUAGAAGAUGUUUACGAAUUUGCAUAUCCAAAACCAUUCAUACCAUCUGAAAGUCAGUAUAAAAAAGAGCAUAUUAAAUAUACAUAUGGUCCUCUCUUCUUACUACAAUUCAAAGACAGAAUUAAAGUAAAUGUUGAUCCAGAGUGGAUUACAUCAACAAGGUCAAAAAUCGUGAUUCCCGUGGGUAGCGACAAUCGCUUCAAGGGCAGAGAUAAUUCCAGAAGAAACCCUUCAGGGAGAAAUACUGAUGAUAGAAUGAUGAAUUCUCGUGAUUCGUCUAGGAGACAAUCAAAGAGAUUUGAUGACAGAAGAUCUAAUAGGACAACAUAUACUUCCCGCAGAGAUCGCGAAAGGGCUGCUAUGGGUAACAAUAGGGACAACCACCAUCAUCCUCAGCAACCAAAGGAAGAAGUUGCUCCACUAGUCCCAACAGCUAACAGAUGGGUACCAAAAUCUAAACAAAAGAAGACUGAAAGGAAAUUUGCACCAGACGGUGUUACUGAGUUAUUAACACCCGAUGAGGUAGUCAGCAAAAUGAAAUCGUUAUUGAAUAAACUAACAUUAGAAAAAUUUGACACAAUUUCCGCUGAUAUUCUUGAAAUUGGAAAUUUAUCCAAAUGGGAAACAGACAGUGCUACACUACAAAAUGUUAUUACACAAAUAUUCAACAAGGCUACUGAUGAACCAUAUUGGUCAUCUAUGUAUGCUCAGUUAUGCGGUAAACUAGUUAAAGAACUGGACCCUGAAAUCACCGAUGAAAAUCAAAAAGGUAAAUCAGGUCCAAAAUUGAUAUUGCAUUACUUAGUGGAUAUAUGUCAUACAGAAUUUGAAAAGGGUUGGAUUGAUAAAUUGCCAACUAACGAGGAUGGAACCCCAUUAGCACCUGAAAUGAUGUCUGACGAGUACUACGAAAUGGCAACAGCUAAGAGAAGAGGGUUAGGUCUUGUCCGUUUUAUUGGUUUCUUAUAUCGUCUAAAUCUAUUAUCAGGGAAGAUGAUGUUCGAAUGUUUCCGUAGAUUAAUGAAGGAUUUAACUGACAAUCCAUCCGAGGAAGUGUUAGAAUCUGUGAUCGAAUUGUUGAGCACGGUUGGUGAACAAUUUGAAGAUGACUCAUUUAAUGUCGGCAAAGGUACGCUGGAGGGCUCCGUACUAUUAGACAGUCUAUUCAGUUUAAUGACUAGUAUUAUUGAUGGCGACCAAGUUUCCAGUAGAAUUAAAUUCAAAAUGAUAGAUAUCAAGGAACUAAGAGAAAAAAAAAAUUGGAAUAGUGAAAAGAAGAAUGCAGGACCGAAGACUAUUCAGGAAAUCCAUCGCGAGGAGGAGAUUGCCCGUCAAUUGAAAACCUCAAGAGGGCCACCACAGAGACGUGGUACUGGGGGUUCAUACAACAACAAUAGUAAUUACUCCAGACAAAACCACUUCGGUGGCAACAGCCGUAGAAGAGAUGCACCAAGAGAUAGCUUUACUUCGACAAGGACGACAUCUAGCAGAUAUAGCAAGGGAGGAAACAUGUCUAAGGAAGAACCCAAAAGCCAACCUACCCAGACAAACAGAUUUAGCGCAUUAAUGCAUGAUAGUGAAGAUGAUUAA